AUGAACCCUGACAUUUCAGUUACAGUGUCGGAAGUUACGACACCAUCUUCUAUUGUUGUUAAUGUUACACAACCAUCCAAUCUUAUGCCAUCUCCACCGGCUGCUACCAUUGCAAAUAGCCUAGCUACUGGACGAACCCCUCGCCCCCGGAGGGUUCCAAGUCAUCUUGUACAGGACCAUCAAUUCAUUGUCCUGCCAAGUCUACAGCAUGACAGGGAUCCUUCUUUCUCCCAGCGAACCAUGGAUGCACACAAAGCUGCUUCUGUGCACAGUGGAAAGUCGCGACGGACAUCAGGGACAGUCAGUUCAUCAAAGUCUGUGUCCCCAUCAGAGAUUCAGAGACGACUUGCAGAGCAGGAGUCACGCCGGAAAUUACAUGAUCUGAUGAGAGUAGCGGAGGAGGAGAAAGCGCAAAUUCGUCGAGAGGCAGCUGAAAGGGAGGAAGAAAUUCACCUUGAGCGAGUCCAGAUAGAAAUACGCACGCAACGCUUGGCGGCUGAGGCUCGUCUAGAUGCAGAACAUCGAGAGAGACAAGUUGAGUUUGACUUCGAACAGGCUGAGAUCCAAAUGGAGACUGAACGACUUCAGCGUGAACUGGAAAACGCUGUUGAGUCUACAUACAUAGACAAUUUACCUGACAGUAACCCAGAUGUUCAAACAUCUCAGUGGUUAAAUGGAACUUCACAGACAUUUGAACAAACUUGUAUUUCUUCGGGUGUUGUAAGUUCUGAUGUUGUACAUGUUAGUGAUGGCACAGGCACUUUCUCUGUUUUACCUACACAGUCAAAUAAUCAUGUUAAGAUGCAUGUCAGUAGUUCUGACCGGCAGGGACAUGGUUCUGGGACCAAUAUUGGGGGUUUGAGAGGUGCCGGUGUCAUUACUGGUGCAGCACUGGGGCUUGCUAAUAGUUCUAAGAAUAAUGUGCCAUAUUGUUGCAUUCCUACUGCAGUAACAUCUAUGCCUAUGUAUACCCAGGCCUUCAGUGGGCCCAUGUAUGGAAAUAAUGUAUUGUUUAAUCCCUCCCAUAAUACAUGUACAACAGGUUUAAGCUUGCAACCUGCAGGUUUUACACUCAACAGUGUGCCCACAGCUAUGAAAGUUCACUCAUCUCAGGAGGCUGGAGUUACUAGCUUAACUCAAACUGUGUCAGCAUCGCACGGAGUUGCCAUUAAUCAACAACCUGUGAUGAACCCCUGCACACCAUCUCAGAAGGAUGCAGUUGAUCAUGCAGCUACACCCCUCGAUCAGAGAGAACUGCCUUCCGACAACAGUGUGGGUGAGUCCAAUGGCUUUAGUGGAAGUGACUCGGACAAAUCAGAGGAGGAUGACUCUUCCAGUGGCGAUAUUUCAUCGCGAAAGGGCAGGAAAUACAAAGCCGGAGCUGAGGCUUCAUAUCAAUACCGAUAUGGUAUGUUUGUAGACAGUUUGCCCAAGCUUGACAUUCCUAAGUUUGAUGAUGAACACAAUGUGAAACAAUACGUCACCUUUAGAUCAUUAUGGGAUAGUAUCAUGAGCAAACCAGAGUUCAGAAUACCAGAGGCCACAAAGUUUGCCUACAUGCGCAGUCAUCUGGGAGGACGCCCACUAGCUAUCGCCGACAGGAAUAUGAUCCUGGGUGAUAAAGCAUACGCAGCAACCAUCAAGCAGUUUGACAAAUCCUUUGGUGAUCCCGGACGAAUAGUGCAGGGCUUGCUUAGUCAGCUGGAAACUCGGCCAUCACUUUCCUACAAUGACUGGGCUGGAUUGAGAGAUUUCUCCGAUGAACUAGUGACUAUGAUUCAGACCGCGACUCACCUGAAGUUCAAGGCAGAGUUGAAGAAUCAUAAGUAUGCUGUUGAAUUAGCUCAAAAGUUACCGGACAGACUACACACAGAGUUCUUGUCCAAAAUGUGGAAGAAAUCUGAAGGACAGAAGUAUACAGUGCUUAAUCUCAGUGAGUGGCUUGAAGAUAAGACUGGUCCAGUGGGAUUAAUUCUUCUGGAACAAUCUCGUAAGUUCAAGUCGGGUAAGAAAGAACGCCCCCAGCAAGAACGCAAACGACCUCAUCCAAAAGGUCCAGAUUUUCCAGUAACCAGAACAUACACAGCGCAGAUAGCAGCUCCAAACCCACAGGUGUGUGUAACCACUACUGCGAAGGGAGUAAGCAAGACGUCAACUCCUGCUAAGAACUCCAACGCUUCCAAAGGAGGAAUCGGUGAUAGGAUCACUUGCCUUUAUUGUGGUGUCAGCGAGUUGGGUCAUUAUCUGGAGACAUGUGAAGAGUUCAAGAAGCUGAACUGUGACCAAAAGAUAAAAUGGUUGAAAGAUAAGGGUCGGUGCAACAAGUGUGCUAAAAAGCAUGAAGGAGAAUGCCCAUUUCCCAAGAAAUGCAAGGAUUGUCAGGGAGACCACCGUGCUAGUCUGCAUGAAGUGGUGAAGUCUACAGUCAACAACCGGGGUACUGUCCUGUGCUCUGGAGUUGGGUCGAAACCCAAGGUGGGCUACGAACGUGAUGUUUUGAUAAAGGUGGUACCUCUCGUUGUGUAUGGACCGAAGGGGAUGAUUGAAACCUUUGGUGUGCUUGAUGAAUGUGCAGAGCGAACCAUGAUUCUUCAGCAGACUGUAAGUGAGCUACAAAUUCAUGGCCCAGAUGAAACGCUGAGGAUUGAAACCGUGAUGGGGGAUGCUGAUUGGAAAGGGAAGUGUGUGGAUUUCGUCGUUUCUGCUAGAGGUGACCAAAGUCAGAAGUUCCAGAUCAACUGUGCGUUUACCGCAGAUGAUUUUCAACUGGUUGACUACAGUGUGUCUGCCGAAAGGUUGCAGUCAAAGUGGCCUCAUCUACGAAACUUACCCCUGUUCACUGCGGACAAAGUCCAACCUGCGCUAUUGAUUGGUGCAGAUCACAUAGAGUUGACGCUCUCAACAGAAGUUCGGACUGGUCCCAAAACAAGUUCUCCUGUGGCAGUGAAUACCCUCUUUGGUUGGACCGUUCAGGGUAGACAAGGUCUUCAGCAGCCCGGUGUCAAGUCAACUACUAGCCAUCAGGUGUUGUUUACGAUGUGUCAACAGCCAGAAUAUCCACUCCACCAAAUGAUGGAAAGAUUCAUGGCAAUUGACCGGCUACCACAUAUCAAUGAGAAGGAAGCAACCCGUUCCCGACUUGACAAGCUAGCUAUCAAGACUCUCAAAGAGAAGACUGUGCAGGUUGAAGUUCAGGGAAUACACCGCCUUGAAACACCACUGUUGUGGAAACCGAACAGAAGUAUUCCUCAGAGUUCAGCACGAGCCGUUCAAGGUCUGGCACGCUCGCACAGAAAGAAAAUGACAAGUGACCCUAAGCUGGCGGAAUACUGCAAAACGUAUAUGCAGAAACUCAAAGACCAGGGACAUGUAGAAGAACUCGGAACAGUCGAGGAAAUUGCGGCAAAGGAACAACAGGGUUGGUACAUCCCGUAUCAUGUGGUUCACAGUAGUGGCAAGUACAGGCUAGUGUUCAACUGCUCAUUUGAGUUUGCAGGCCAGAACUUGAAUGACGAGCUGUUGGCAGGACCUACCCUAAAUUCUUCUCUGCUAGAAGUGCUGUUGCGUUUUCGACAAGGUCGAGUUGCUGUGUCUGGUGACAUAACAGCCAUGUUCCACCAGGUCAGACUUUCUCCUGAAGAGCGUUGCAGGUUUCGGUUUCUUUGGUGGGAUGAGCAGAUGGAUACUUGGAUUGUCUUUCAGUGGUUAGUGCUCCCAUUCGGAGCGACCUGCAGUCCUUGCUGUGCAACAUUCGCAUUGCAGAAAACCGCAGAAGAUGGCAAGGAAAGAUACCCUCUUGUUCAGGACACCAUAAAGCUGGAAACGUACGUAGACAACCAGCUAGCUAGUCGGGACACCGAACAACAGGCCAAAGAACUUGUUCUUAGUACUCGCCAGUGUCUACAGGAAUCUGGAUUUCAGAUGGUGAAGUAUGCCAGUAGUCACCCAGAAGUGGUAGAGAAUCUGCCGACAGCAGCCCGCUCUAAUCACCAUUUGAGAUCACUCUCACUCGAUCAACUUGAGGGUAAUCCCGAGCCAGCUCUUGGUCUCAAUUGGGACUGUAUGAGUGAUGAGAUGUAUCAUCCAGCCAAAGUUCCUGACAACCGUUUGCUCACAAAACGUACUGCUCUGAGAGUUCUGGCGAGCCAGUUUGAACCCCUUGGUGAUAUUGCACCAUUCACAGCAAGAGCUAAGAUAAUAGUCCAAGAACUCUGGAUGAGCAAACUUGACUGGGAUGAAGAAGUCAACGACACUGAUAUCAGGAAAAGGUGGGAGGACUGGUGUCUCGAACUGGAACAGAUUCCCUCUUUACGGAUGCAGCGGUGUUACACUCCCUCACAUGUUGACAGUACUAGUGUCAAGCGAGCACUUCAUGUUUUUUGCGAUGCUUCAGAGAGGCUGUAUGGUGCAGUUGCAUAUAUGCGUUCCGUGGACGACCAUGAGCAAGUCUAUAUGAGUUUUGUACUGGCCAAGUGUCGAGUGGCACCGAAGCGACUGACCUCUAUGCCACGUCUUGAACUGAUGGCUGCUCUCGUUGGUGCACAGCUGGCUCAGUUGGUGAGCCAAGCCCUAACUGUGGAGUUGGACUAUGUGAUGAUGUGGAGUGAUUCUACCACGGUGCUGACAUGGAUUCAGUCAGAUUCUUGUCGCUUCAAAGUUUUCGUUGGCACCCGUGUAGCUGAAAUCCAGACCUUAACUGACGGCAUGGAAUGGCGCUACGUGCGGACCACAGACAACCCUGCGGAUGAUAUAACUCGGGGACUGUCAGUUGCAGAGCUAGGGAAGGGCUCCAGAUGGAGUGAAGGACCACCAUGGCUACUUGGUCCACCAGACACCUGGCAAAGUGAAAGUGCACCAGUCCUCGCACAGACCCGCGCUUCAUCAUCUGCUGAUACAAGUGAGAUUAAGAAAGCUCUCUUUUGUGGAGUGACCAUGACCGGCCCCGUGAAUGAUCUGGAUUUGACGGUUUUUGAGAGUUGGACUGACUUGGUCAAUGCAUUGGGUCAGAAGUUGUAUCCAUUUGAUGAGCAGGUGACCGGUGCUCUCUCUCCUGACCAGACGCGUGAUGUUGAGAAUCAGCUCCUCCAGCGGGCACAGAUGGAUCAUUUCAAAGCAGAGAUCGCUGCCCUUGAGGCUGGAAAGGAGAUAUCAAAGGAAAGCCGUCUAAUCCAGCUCGCACCCGAGCUAGACAGAACUGAGAAGUUGAUCAGAGUUGGGGGUCGUCUAAGAAAAGUGCCUCAACAGGAUUGUGUUGAUUUCGAGUUACAUCCAAUUGUCCUGGACCAGCAUCACCCAGUUACCAAGCUCCUAAUCAAGGAUGCUGAUAACCAUUUCAGUCAUCAAGCUGGCACCGGACAAGUUUUUGCCUACCUUCGGCGUCGCUAUUGGAUCAUCCGUGGGCGCAGUUCAGUAAAAGGUGUUCUCCAUGCCUGUUUUGAAUGUCGCCGUUGGCGUGAGAAGCCCCGAGUCCCUCGUAUGGCUGACCUCCCAAAAUCCCGCUUGCGACUGCACAAGCCUCCUUUCUACUCAACAGGAAUGGACUGUUUUGGUCCAAUGACUGUCACAAUUGGACGAAGACAGGAGAAACGCUGGGGCCUUCUGUUCAAAUGCAUGACGACCCGUGCCAUUCAUCUAGAACUUCUGGAGAAAAUGGAUGCAGAUCACUUCCUAAUGGCAUACCGAAGGUUUGCUUCCCGGCGAGGAGUACCCUAUGAGUUACUAAGCGACUGUGGCACUAAUUUUACUGGUGCCGCAACAGAGAUGGAAAAUGCCUUGAAAGAGAUGGAGCCAGAGCUGGUUAAGCGACUUGCGAAGUACAAGGUGUUAUUCAGGUUCAACCCCCCUAACGCACCCCAUUUCGGUGGCCUGUGGGAGCGCGAAGUACGUUCAGUCAAGACCGCACUCAAAGGAGUACUUGGAGACCGCACUGUCCCAGAACCUGUUCUGCGCACUGUAUUGACUGAAGCCGAGGGCAUCAUGAACUCCAAACCUCUUGGUUAUGCAUCGUCAGAGGUGGCAGAUAUCGAUCCAGUAACACCCAACAUACUUCUGAUGGGGCGGCGCGAUCCUGCACUCCCCAUGGUAGUCUAUGAUGAGGGCCGCCGCAGUUGGCGACAUAGUCAGGUCUUAGCAGACCAUUUCUGGCGUCUCUUCAUACGCUCGUACCUGCCAACUUUGCAGACCCGACAGAAGUGGCAGCGAGAGGUCGACAACCUGUCUGUUGGAGAUGUGGUGAUGAUUGCAGACCCACAGCUUACCCGCUCCCAGUGGCCAGUUGGUGUUGUGUCAGAGGUGCUUCCAAGCAGUGAUGACAGAGUCAGAGCUGUCAACGUGAAGGUGGACAAACGGACGUACAAGCGACCUGUAUCCAGGCUUGUGAGAUUGUCCAAGUAUGAGGAAGGGGAUACUGCCAAGAGCAAUGCACUGCUCACUCGUACUCGCAUUCCAUUCAAGCUCUACUCUAGCUAUGAAACAAGUACUGUUUAA